UCUGACGAUGUUAAUAGUCGACGGGGCAUUUUUCGCAUUCGGAGUGCUUGCUCAGGGUAAUACCAUACCAUACAUUCAGAGGAGACCGAUUCCAAGCUAGAAAAAUUAUGCUUUUCAUGAAGAUGUCGCCUCUGCUUUUAUGGGCUUUGAUGUCGCUGUGUGUCCCGGGAAAAUCGUCGCCUGAGCGGACAAAGACUGUAGAGUUCAACGUUAAACCAGGAGGAGUUGUGCAUACUUUCUCCGAGGGAAUUAGUGAGUAUGAGUGCACAUUCACGUAUGCUUCACAAGGAGGAACCAAUGAGCAAUGGCUGAUGAGCGUGGGCCUGAGCGAGGAUGACAGACUGUUUUCUUGCUCUGUGUGGAGGCCUCAGGGAAAGUCAUACCUGUUUUUCACCCAAUUCAAAGCUGAGCUGAAAGGAACCAAAAUUGAAUACGCCAAUGCUUUUUCACAAACAGCAGCAGCAGGACAGCAUGAUGUGCCUCUGAAGCCAGAGGAAUUUACCAUAGGAGAAUCAACAGUGACCCACAAUGAUGGAAAGUUCAGCGCUCAACUUUCCAAGCUGACCAUCAUUGGACGAACCAGACACGAUGAGCUGUGAUUGGACAGAAGUCAUGCUCAGUCACAGCACCUUCAGUAAUGACUGAACCAUGGAUUUAGUCCUGAGGAACAACCUAAAACUGAAGCAGGAUGAAACUGAUGGUGGCCUGAGGAGACUUUAUGCCAGCUGCAGUACAUGUCAAGCACUUUUCUUUUUUUUUCUUUUUGGGAAUUUCAGAUUGGCUCGACUAAAAAUGAAGAUGAUUUAGCUGAUUAUGCAGACAAAGAAAAAAUCAGUAGUUUUUUUUUUUUAAGUUUCUGAACCUGCAUAUAAAUUGAUUCUGGCUUGAUCUUCCGGGUGUCUUAAUAUAUAAAGGUUGGCGUCAGAGUGGGAUCUGUCCAGCAUAGAUUCAUGUUAGAUUAGCAGGAGAUUUAUGCAUGAUGUGUAGCCCUGGGAGGAGAGUGAGUUAUCCCCGAUAUUAUGAAGCAGCACACAUCUAAACAAGUAGAUAUUGCUCCGACUCAUUGUAAUCCGCCCCGCUGUUGAUGGAGAGCUCUUCAGCGUCUCGUUAUCUACAUCUGCUGCAGAUGACUCAAAGCACCACAUCUGAUUGCUCCAAACAUAAGCUGGGUUUUUGUUUUCUGCUGUUUUUCCUGAUAAGACAAAGCUGUUUGAAAAAAAUAUAUAUAUUUUUAGGGUUUGCAAACUGUUGAGGUGUUUAAGACAUCCAUUGGCUUAUAUAUGACGACUAUGGAAUUUAUGUUAUGCAAUGGAAUUGAAGAGUUUAACUGGAUUGUGCUGCUUUUAUUCAAGAUAGAACACAAGUGUAUGUAUCAAUGCUAUUUACAUCACCUAUUGCACUGCUAAACCAGUCUGAAGUAACAGGUAGGGGAGGGGGCACAGCUGCAUUCUUCUUUUUCCAUUCUUCCUUUUACCUCUCUGGAAUCUCAUUAAAAUGAUUUGAAACCUUUGUUAGUGUAAUGUUACAUAUUUUUGGUUAAUAACGGAAACUUUUUAACGUUCAGUUAAAUAAGAUACCAGGAAUUGGUUUCCACUGGCUUCUUGAUUUGGAAAAGAAAACUAGGAAUGAAAACGUGUUGGUUGGUUAAUUUCUCCAGACAUUGUUCCCUUUUCUAUUUACUAAAGAGAUAACAGUCAAAGCAUAUUUAAAAAAAAAA